AUGACGGCAAGUGCUAAUUGGAGCGUGACAGAGAGCAUCACCAAGGCUCUUGCAGCGUACACGCCCAACUCUGCUGGCUUGCUCAUGAUAGCACUCGCGCAGCUCUUCUUCGCGUCAAUGUCUCUGUGCGUCAAGCUGCUUGGGCAAGUCGAUCCACCCGUGUCUGCGUUGGAGCUCGUCGUCGUGCGUAUGGCCAUCACCGGGAUUUGUGCACAGUCUUGGAUACUCGUGCACAACGCCUUCUCCGAUAACAAAAUACCCAAUCCAAUCCUUGGCCCUUUGCACGUCAGGUCGCUCCUGUUUGCCAGAGGAUUUGUCGGGUUCGCUGCCAUUUCCGCGCUUUACUACAGUCUCGCUUUUCUCGAUCUCAGCGACGUUACAAGUCUCGGUUUUCUUCUGCCCGUCGUUAGUGGCUUGUUGGGAUGGCUCUUCCUCAACGAGCCCUAUCUCCCCAUAGAGCGCUACUCCAGCGUCGUGAGUUUGCUUGGGGUGGUGUUGAUAGCCCGCCCACCUUUUCUCUUUGGCGGAGGUUUGGCUGACCAGGAGCACCAUCUUAGCUCUUCGCUUGGGCAGCGUUCUUUCGCCGUCGCUGUCGUUCUGCUCAGUGUGGUCGGUGCGAGUCUGGCGUAUGUCACCACGCGCGCGAUAGGCACACGCGCGCACCCCAUGCACGUAAUACUCGCAUUUUCGUGGUGCUCCGUGGUCUUCGGUGGGCUGCUGAUGAAGGCGCUUGGCGAGCCAUUCGUCCUGCCCAAGUCGACCAAAUGGUGCAUCAUGCUUGUCGCGAUUGGUGCAUUCGGUUUCAUUGGCCAGAUCCUCCUCACGCUCGGCCUGCGUAGAGAGAAAGUUGGAAGGGCUUCUCUCGGUAUGUAUCUACAGAUGGUGUUUGCAUUGCUGUUUGAGAAAAUCUUCUUCAAUUCUUCCCCUCAUGUGCUGUCGGUGGUGGGGGCGGCGAUUAUUAUCGCUACUAGCACCACUGUAGCAUUACAGAAGGACAAGAAAACUCAGCCAUCUGGCACACUCGACGAACAUGAUAAACUGAUACAGGACGAGAGAGAACGCUUCGCCCGUCUCGAUUAUGGUUCUUUGGAGCAGCGUGCAGGCUAA